AGAACAUGGAACAUAAUAUCAAAUAUCAAAAAAACAAUGUGAGUGAUAUGUGAAUUGUGAAAAUAUGGAUUAUGGCUGAGAAAAUUUAAAAUAUUAGUAUAGUUAAAAACGGCAAGAAAAAUUCGCAUUACAGUUAAGUUAUGUUUACAUCAAUAAAAAUGACACACGUUAGUAAAGGCCAAGUUCGACCAGGAAAAGAAUCCAUACAUUCUGGACAUUUUAUGGUGUCGCAUUUUGAGGCUGAAGAGCAAGAUGAUUAUGAUGAUAUUGCUGUUCCCGUCCCUGAUGAGGAGCAAAACGUACAAAAAGAGUCAGUUGUGACAACAUAUACAGUACCAGUCUUGACAGAAACAUUCCAACUAUCUGAUAAGGAAGAAAGUAAACAACAACUUUCUAUCGAAAUAUCUCUAACAAAACUCUUUAAAUGUAUGACAUUAGCCUACAGACAAAAACUAACAUCACCCAAAUGGAAUCGUUUCAAAGGUAUAAAGCUCCGGUGGAAGGACAAGAUUAGAUUAAACAAUGUUAUAUGGAGAUGCUGGCACAUGCAGUUUAUAAAGAAACAGAAUACAUUGGUUUGCCAAUUUGCUUCACCGUUGGAUGUAGAUACACAUGUAAAACCAGAGACAACUAUAUUAGAGGGUAAAUAUUGGAAAAGAAGAGCUGAGGCUGUGAUUGCAGAAUAUAAAAAAUGGCGCAUGUUUCAUAUUAUGCGACUCCUUGGAAAGGGGGACACCUCGGUUCAGGACACUAUGUUUCAACUGUCCGGUUUUCAGAUGUCGGAUAUGGACACGGUGGACUCCCAGUGCAGCGAUCUCGCUGGCAACAUGCUGACCGAUGAGGAUUAUCUUAAUUUCAUGAGUGACACACUCUUCUCAACAAUCAGUAGCCACCAACCGUUUGCUUUCCCCGAUUGCAGGGAGAUCGCAAGGGGAGCAAGCUUAGCUGACUUCAUUCAACCAAGCUUAGGUCCUCUGCAGCCUAACCUUGAUGACUUUAUGGACACACUAGAACCGCUUCAAGAUCUUCUGUUGUCUACUACUCGUUUACCUCCCGUGCCUGAAGAAUCGAUGUUACCCUCUGAAGAUCCGAUGUACAGAAGCAGCAUGUCAAUAGAUUCAUACAAUCAACCUAGCUAUAUAUCUUCAAGUCACAACACAACUACAUCGACCAUGCCCACAAGUCAAAUGACUAUUCACGGUACCAAUAAUAAUACUCAAAUCAUGCCCAUUUCACAACAGUCAAAAAACGAGCAAAUAAGAAUUUAUAGUAAUGAGCGGUUGUAUUCCGAAUCGGAAAUGUCAAACAAUAUGCUCGACUCCCAAGAAAUGCUACCAACAUUUUCACAGGCUACUUAUGAUGGACAAACAUCGAAUCAGCCUGAACAAAUCCAUGGAAACAUAUACCCGUCGAAGUCGGGUUCUGUGCAGUACUUAAAUGCACCACAUAAAAUUUUACAACAAACGGAGUAUUCUAAAUAUGCAGCUGUACCGCCAUCUCAAACUGCUCCAGAGACAGUUUCUCUGUUGCAACAGCCCGUGCAAAAUGUGAAGUAUGCUUCAACUGUAGUGAUACAAGGUAGAGGAGGGUACACUAGGGAAAAAGCUAGGCCACGUUUGGGUCAUUAUAAUGUCCCGAUGACAAGCAGCCAGUACCAGAGGUACUCGCAACCGGUACAGUGUCAGGCUCAUGUGCCGCAGAGCUUAGACUCCCGGCCCGUGCAAGGUGUUCGCCAGACCUCAUCCCAGAUACAAUAUUUGCAGCCCGCUCCUGCGGACUUCAAGAUCAAGCCGUCAGCCAGCGUGGUAAACACGCGUUCUUUCAAACUACCCUCGCCGCCGCUAGCGCCAGCCACUUCGCAGCAGGUGCAGGUGGCACCCGGUCCAAGUGUAGUAAGCACUUCUGCGAUACGGGGCAAAGAGCAGUUCCGCUCUCACAGCUUACCUCUGGGUUCGCAAAUCACUUCGGAUUGGGUCGUGACCGGACCAGCAUCGGGACAGGACCGACCUGCCACGCACAAUGCCAGGGGUCGUGAGUCGAAUUCGGGCGCGAUACGUUUGCGUUCCCGGUCGUCGUCGGGCGGCCCGACGGAUGGCUCAGCGAGCGGCUCGACGAGCGUCAAGCCGAACACGUUGCGUCGACCUCCGCCGCUCACGAGCGUCGCCUCCGAGCCAGCGCUACCCCAAGCCAGCGUGAUGCUCGCGCAAUUGCUCUCCGCGCAACAUUCUCAAAGCUUGUACAAGCUGAACAGUAGCGCGGAAGACGUUCUGGGUACAGAGCCGACCAAAUCUCCUGUGCUGAGGGGACAGCCGUCACCCAUCGGGAGUGAUAUCAUGUCGCCUCACCAUUCCCGGGCGCAGUCCCUGUCGCCGGGCGGGUCCCCGGGCUCCCCCCGCGCCGCGUCCCCCCGCGAGCCUCGCCGCACGCACCUACACGCCGAGCAGAAGCGGCGCUACAACAUCAAGAACGGCUUCGACACGCUGCAAGCGCUCAUACCGCAUCUCAACAUCAACCCCGCUGCCAAGAUAAGUAAGGCUGCUAUGCUGCAGAAGGGGGCAGAGUAUAUAAAACAACUGAAAGCAGAGAGGAAUCAAAUAAAAGAGGAAAUGGAGAGUUUGCGGCAGCAGAUAGAGUGCUUGAAUAACUCUAUUUCUAACUGUCACUCGCUGUUGCCGGCGACUGGUGCGCCCGUGUCCCGCGGUCGAGCAUCACGCCUGCGUGAGAUGUUUGCCGCGCACGUGGCGCAACGGACGGCGCAGAACUGGAAGUAUUGGCUCUUCAGCGUGGUGAGCGCCGCACUAGUGGAGUCGUACAGCGCGUGUGUCUCCAGCAGCAGCGGCGCCGACCUGGUGAGGACCACGCUGCUGUGGGCGGAGCAGCACUGCUCCCUCGUCGAGAUGAGACCUGCUGUGUUGAAUUCCCUGCGUGUCCUGUGUACAACUACGGACAUAUUGACGCACCCCGAAAGGUUGGCAGAAGAAGCCCGAGCGGCCGCCGCGGCCGUCAAGACGGAGCCGACCUAGCGCGGUGACGUCACCAACACGCCCCCAGGCCACGCCCACACGAGCCAUGCUUGCGAAUUGUGGCGAAAACUUUAUAGUUGAUAUGUGCAAUACGUUCAUAAGAAUAUCGGGAAUAUGUAACAAGUCUUCAUAUUUCUUUGCAACAUUUCCAAUUCGUACUUUUAAUGCAAUUGUAAAAUAAUAUAAUGUACUGCCAGACAAUGUUUUAUCUGCGGGGACAAUAUUAUUAGCAGCCGAGUAGGCGGGGUGGAGAAUAUCAUGUCGUUCUAAUCAGUUUCGAUAAGACGACCUGACUCGUAUCAAUCACGUGAUCGCGAUGUGGUCGCGCGACGUUAGAUAAAUUAUAUUGAACUAAUCGUUGUGGGGUUUUACACGUUUCUGUAUUUACUUUUGGCUUGACAUGAAAUAUUUAUACAGAAAUUCUAAAUUAUAGCUGCGGUUAAAAAUGUUACGAUUAGAUAAAUACUAUGGAUUUGUAUUUAAACUUUUGCAGAAUGGAAACAUAAAUACUCAAUAAAUAGAAUUUAGAUACUAUAAUAUUCUUGUCCGUAAUCAGCUAAGAAGAUGAGGUUCUGCUAUAAAAUAUAUAUUAUUCUAUGUGAAUGUGUCGCGAUUGGAACUUAAUACGCACAAUUUGUAAAGGCAGGUUUUGUGAACCGUGAGCAAACGAGUGAAUCCUUGUGAUAGCUCCAUAUUAACCCAUAAAGGUGGACAGUCGAGAGAGCGCUGGCGUUACGUCAUUCACUAGGUUGGACCAAUAAUACAGUAAAUGAUUCUAUUGCAAAUUAUGAAAUUUGAUACUUUUAGGAGGACCUUAAGUCUUCUACUUUAAUUUUUAAAGAAUUCCAACUGGUAUGCAGAGAGGACGAGAAGUCUCACAGCGAAUUAAUACUCUUAUGCUGCGAAGAGAAUAUUUUCAAAAACACAGACUUAUUUCCAAUUCGAAAUACCGCUUGUUAGUAGCGAAAAGCGCAACAGAAUUUACCAGCUGGAUGCAUCGGCUAUACCACAGCGGCGAGUUUUCCUGCCGUGAAGAAUAAAUAAUAUAAAAAGAGCGCAAAAAAAGAAUGCGGCGAGAGUCUCUUGCGCCGCUUCUUCUCUCUCAGAGCGCCAUUUGUUUACGAAGCGGUAGUAGUGUAAGAAAUAACAUCAAAAAUAAUUCUAAAGGAAUCAAUUUUGAGAAAAUAAAUGCCUUUUAUGCCUUUAAUAUUGUGUUUGGGUUUGAAGGGCGUCAGAGCUAGAGUGAAACUACUGAGCUUUAAUGUCUUAUUUCAAAGUGACGAGCGCGAUUUUGGUGCCGGUAAGAAUUUUAGUUUCAAUCAUAAAUCCUAAGCGCUACUUGUAUAUUGUAAUGCACUGGGCGCUAUCACCUGCCAUCAGAUGAACGUUGACAUUAAACUAAUUUAUAUCGACAAAGGAACGAGAAAUGAGAUUAAAAUGUAUUGCAGUCAAUGACAUUCUCUACACAUAUAAGGACAUAUCAUUCGCAGACUGAUAGUGGAAGGGCAAAAGUGUGCUUAAAGACAAUGUAGGCACAGUUUUCUUCUUUGUCGUGUGUCAACUGUCACUGUCCGAAUCUAAACUUAAUUGAAUAAAUGUUUUACAUUGCUGCUUCUCGACCAAGAAUAUUAAUGCGGCAAUGUAUUAAUGCAGUAAAGCUUAUGGUAUAAUUUGUAGCAUGUUACAUAUUUCGGCUGUGCUUUUAUGCGACGUGAUUUUUCUAUACAUUGUAUAGAACGCCAUUGAUUGCAGUCAUUAAACCUAUGAGUCAGUAGCAGCUAACUCUUUUACGAUAAUGUCACCUCUAUGGUCGUAAAGCCUUGUAAAAUGACUUGUAUAAUAUUGAUAGUGUAUAUAUUGUAUUUACACAUAACCGUCUUGUCUAUAGUGCCUUAUAGCUGUGAAUAUUGCUGUUCUGUUAUAUAGUUGUCAACCAAAGAGUGUCUUCAUAAAUUGUUGUAAAGUUGUCAAAGGGAACAAUUUGGACUGUCGCGAUCCACCCGUCCCACUGACCUCUACUAUAUACCACUGGACUGGCGGCUCUCAAAGUGGCUAUAGCGAGAGUCUGCGGUACUAAAACUAGUGAUGACAACCUCAGCAAACAUCGAUUGAUGGUGGGAAACUAUUUACAAAAAAAAUACUACUUCUUAUUACGUUGAUUCUUGAAAUAACACGGAAAACGAACGAAAUUAAUGCAAAAUACAAAAAUAUUUCGGAAUAUUGUACGUUCCUUCGCAGCCAUUUGUAUUAUACGUCAAAUUUAGUUCUCUGGACGAUCGCGAGUGGCGCUUCAAAUAGCCACAAUAAAUUGCUGUCAAACUCAAGGAACAGCCUGUCCAGUGGUAUUUAUACAGGUCAGUGACCCGUCCACAUUCUACGCGUGAACCAAUCUAGUGUCUAAGCGAAACAGAAUUUAUUAAUGUGUCGAGAUUUAUUUUAAGAGAUAACUAGGUAAAUAUAUUUACAUAAGUUACUUUAAGUAAAUAUUUUUAUAUGGUUUGUGCGGUGACACAAAUGUUUUUUGUAUAAUGUAUCUUUGUAAAUCGGUGCCAACGUAAUUAUUGUUUGUAAAUUGUUAUGUAGAGAUAUGUUAAUGUUGUAUCGUCUCUGACGGCAUGUGCGGGGGAUAUCUCCUCCCCUCGAUCACACUUAGAUGACGUAAUAAAUGCCAUUGUUGUUCUGUCGGAAAUACAGUUUUGAAUGAAAGUUAA